AUGAAAAAUCAUACAGAGGCGACGGAGGAAAGUGUGUCGAGUUUGGUUGCUUAUUAUAGCCAAGUGAGGAAGAUAAAGCGAGAGCUGGAGAAACCGAAUCAUCUGGCAGUAAUUGAGCAGUCGGAGAUGAGAUCGGUGUUGCGAGAAUUUUCGAAAUCGCAGAAGCAUUUCCGCUCAUCUUUGGGGAUUUCCGAUAGGCCUCGAUUGAUGGCGAUGGCGGCGCGGGAAGAGGCAGCUGGUGGCGGAAGGGAUAUCAUAAGGUUGUCAUGGUGCAAUCGGAGAUGCAAUAACGAUAUUCUAGAUAUGUGCCAGAACACCACCUCCUCGCCAGCUAACGAUGAUCUAGGGGUUCCACUCCCGACAAUAACGACAUUCCAAAUCUGCGAUGAAUGGUGGAGGCUACGAAGGACAGGGUUAGGAUUUCCAGAUCUGCAAAUGAGAUCUUUAACGAUGAGGGUUUAA